CGUAGAAUAUUCCGUGAUUCGUAAUUAGUUACAACAGCUGUGUACUUUUCAGGAAUCACAUGAUUUACCUCACAAAUACAGACACAUACAAAUUGGUGGAUGCAAUUGAAUUUGGAUAACGUGGCACUGACUCGCCAAUACUAUAGUCCCACCUAAGCAAAUUUUGCACCUCUUCUUUCUCCAGUACUCCACAGCUCUAUACAUGCAAGAUUUUCCUUCACUUCACUUUCCAAUUUUCUCCCUGGAGUUUUCAACAAAAUGGCAGUAUCGGCAGAUUGCCGGUUCUCCCUUUCAGUCGCCGGCGGUCAGCUUCAUGGUGGUGCUGCAGGAUUGGCCGGAGGAAGGAACAUAAGACUCGUCAAGUUUGGUAAUGGAGAGUUAAUGGGAAGUAAGCUCAAGCUAACUCAGCUUCAUCAGAGAGCUAGUACUACUAGCAGCAGUAACAGCAGCAGUGGCAAGGUUGUUAAGCAACAUGUAUCCAUGUCUCUCACUACUAAUAUAGCAGCAGAUUACAAGUUAAGAGACCUAGAAAUGGAAAAAAGGGACCCAAGAACAGUCGUGGCAAUUAUUCUAGGAGGAGGAGCUGGUACUCGUCUUUUCCCUCUCACUAAGCGUCGUGCCAAACCUGCUGUUCCAAUUGGAGGUGCAUACAGGCUGAUUGAUGUUCCAAUGAGCAACUGCAUUAACAGUGGAAUCAACAAGGUCUACAUUCUCACCCAAUUUAACUCAGCAUCACUCAACAGGCAUCUUGCUCGAGCUUAUAACUUUGGAAAUGGAAUCAAUUUUGGAGAUGGCUUCGUUGAGGUUCUGGCAGCCACUCAAACCCCUGGAGAAGCAGGUAAGAGGUGGUUCCAGGGCACUGCUGAUGCUGUGAGACAGUUCCAUUGGCUUUUCGAGGAUGCAAGAAGUAAGGAUAUUGACGAUGUCCUGGUUCUCUCUGGAGAUCACUUGUAUCGUAUGGACUACAUGGAUUUUGUGCAGAAUCAUCGGCAGAGUGGUGCAGAUAUCACCAUCUCUUGUUUGCCAAUGGAUGACAGCCGUGCCUCAGAUUUUGGUCUCAUGAACAUAGAUAAUAAAGGAAGAGUUCUUUCAUUCAGUGAAAAGCCUAAAGGGGCUGACCUGAAGGCAAUGGCAGUUGACACAACAGUUUUGGGACUAUCAAAGGAAGAGGCUGAAAAGAAACCGUACAUUGCUUCAAUGGGAGUAUAUGUCUUCAAGAAGGAGAUACUGUUGAAUCUUUUGAGAUGGCGUUUUCCAACUGCAAAUGACUUUGGAUCAGAGAUAAUCCCAGCCUCAGCAAAAGAAUUUUUCAUCAAGGCUUAUCUCUUCAAUGAUUAUUGGGAAGACAUAGGAACUAUCCAAUCCUUCUUUGCGGCAAACCUUGCCCUCACGGAGCAUCCACCGCGAUUUAGUUUCUAUGACGCAGCAAAGCCAAUGUAUACAUCAAGAAGAAAUUUACCUCCAUCAAAAAUUGAAAAUUGCAAGAUCGUUGAUUCAAUCAUCUCUCAUGGAAGUUUUCUAACCAACUCCUUUAUAGAGCACAGUGUUGUUGGUAUCAGAUCUCGAAUAAACUCUAAUGUCCAUUUAAAGGAUACAGUGAUGCUUGGUGCUGACUUCUACGAAACUGAUGAUGAAGUAGCAGCACUGCUAGCUGAAGGAAGAGUACCUAUUGGAAUAGGUGAAAAUACAAAAAUCAGGGAGUGUAUCAUCGACAAGAAUGCCAGAAUAGGGAAAAAUGUAGUUAUUGCUAACUCAGAGGGCAUACAAGAGGCUGAUAGAUCUUCAGAAGGCUUCUACAUUAGAUCUGGUGUUACCAUCAUAUUAAAAAACUCUGUUAUUCAAGAUGGAUUUGUAAUAUAGUUGUUCUAUUCAUCCUUCCAUCCUUUUUUUUGUUGAUCAGGAUGGAAACCAGAAAAUAAAGUGUUAGAGAAACUUGAAUUGGCGUCAACAGAACCCUUUUAUUUUUCCCACUUUUCAAUGAAAUCACUGACAUCGACUUCCGAUA